AGAUGGUCAAGCGUAUGGAAUCUUUGGGCGAGACCCUGGACCACCUUACAAAAAUGCAAAAUGACGCUGGAGUAACCAUUCAAAAACUUCGUGAAGAACGUGACAAAUUGCGCACUGAAUUAGAAGAAAUGAAAUACAAUGGGGAAGCUGAAUUAAAUAGGCAAGUAUAUAAUUCUGAUUUCGGCAAGACUAAAGGACUCUUGGUAAACCUGUCUUAAACACAUUUAUUUUUGGGGAGUCUGGGUAUUCUGGUGAGCAGCGACAUCCUUUGUGAUCGCUCGUUCUAAGACCCCGGGUAAUUUGUUUUACUUGUAUUUAAUAAGACUAGGAUUAUUCCUGACAUGGCCAUCCCCGAGGGUGUCGCUGACGGUACUCUCCCGACUUCGAGUUGACCCCAUUAGUUCAUAAUAGUGCGUUUGUCGGCAACGUCUCUCAGUCAUUGCUUGUUCCUCACUGUGCUGCUACCUGUUUGGACUCCUGACCACAACCUUAAGGCAUAAAUAGCGCCCUCUUUGUGUCCUUCAAUCAUGAUGAAGUGGUGAUUACCACUCGCACGUGGCAUUGUCUGUUUCCCUUGUCUGCUAACUGUCCAAACGCCUCCAACGAUAUUUAGGCUGUCUUAGUCGAUGACAGUCCUCUUUAUGGUGAGAUGCAAAGAUUUCCGACUGGACCAACGUUUUUUUACGGGUGUUGUUAGUGGGCAGGUGGAGCAGACCCAGAAAUAAAGUUUGGACAGAUGCGGAAACUGAGAAAAUAGUGACAGGGAGUCAUUUGCGUAAAACUGGGUUUCGCAGCCUCUUUAUAGAACACCUGUCGGAUCCAGUAAUGGAACGGCAAAUGCCCCGAAGCAGGCGUUAGUGGGUGUGAAAGACGGGGCGGUUUGAUCAGCGGCACAGAGCUGGUCUGAGAGGUAGGUUUGGACAUGUGAAAUUAAACUCUCAGGCAUACAUUUGGGGCGGUUCUGGUCCGCAAUAUCCCCCUAUAGAAUGGGCAGGCAUACAGUAGUAGACCAAAUUUUCUUAUGAUACUCACUCUAGUAUUGCUGUUGUCUUUGAUAGUGCUGAGAUGUCUGCGAAGCUUCUUAAAGAACCACUGUCAAACUUUGAUGUGCGUUGACGAUGAAGGCAUGCGGGAAGGGGUUUGGUCGUUGUCAGCGUCCCCGGCAUUCCACUUUUACCAACAUACCACUUAUCCUGGCCUGUAUUGAAGUGGCGCCAAACUUUGUUGCGUUGUUCUUUACCGCAGUUAGCCAUGCCUUCCGGUCCUUUACGAGGGCCUCUCUGGACUCAUUGUCGAUUCAAAGACAUUUGAGAGAGACUUUCAAGGUGGCCAUUCAACGCUUUUUCGUUUUACCUGUCAAGAAGUGCCUCUACUGACGUGACCAUUGCCGAAUCGUUUUGUUAGUUGCUUGUUAGACAUUCUUGUGACGUCGCCAUUUAAUCGAAGCUGGGCUUGUCUUUAAACUGCAAAGAUUCUGGGCAUAGUGCUAAAUUCCCUGACCUGGGUGCCCUGGGUCAACUUUUGCCACUGGACCCGUUAUAUCGACCAGAGAUAGUUAAGCUCAAAAUCCUUGAAUUUUUGCGCCUAGUUGUAAUAAAGUACUCAGGUCUCUGCGCCGUAUAAAGAGGUUUUUAAGACUUCACUCCCGUGAGCUUAUAGUCUGGUGUUACGACGAAUGCUCCUGCAGUUUCAUGCGCAUGAUUGAGGUCGCCCAUAAAGCCGGCUGACUUUAAAUCUUCGGGCUGUAAUUUUUUCGCCUAUUUUAAUGUCUCUAUUUAUGGUGCUUCCACGAUGAGAGCAUUUGUCCGUGCUGGUGGGUUAAAUUUCGUUCACGGCAAAGGCGCCGCAUAAUCUUCGAUGAGUGCCAACUUUUGUCUGACAGCUGGUCUCCCCGUUUUGAUAUUGGACUCGAAAUUGGCGCACUCAGAAGCGAGGAUGAUCUGGUUUAGCUGACAGCCGAUUUAAUGCAUAAUCUUCCUUUAUUCUGACUUUUGAGAUUUUUCUGCCUGCGUGUAUUCGUCAGAUGCUGAUAGCUUUCCACCAGUCCAGCAGCUGAUGCCGAUUCCGGGCCACGUUUCAUUACAGGCUUCGAUUAUCAUUGCAGCGAACUUGAGACUAUAGAGGACUGGCCGAACACGCCACCCUGUUUUUAUUCGGUUUGUCAUGGCAACUGUCUCUGAGGUUGAUCCAUUGUCUGUAACACAUGCCAUCAUGUCGUGGAGAUGCUUGGCCACUAAUAUGAACCUUUCGAUUAAUCCAAAUUAUAUCUUGGUUUUCCAGAGUCCAUGGAGUUUCAGGUUACUGAGGCCUUGAGAUCUAAAAAUGUUGCGUAGGUACUUGCCCUCCUUUCCUGGCAUUUUACUAUGAUCGUCCACUCUACGCAAUGUUCCCAGAAGAUGCUUUGAGUGUCUGAGUGAAGUACUUCCUCCAGGUGUGUUCUCGGGCGACUGAGGUGAAUGCGGACAAAGUUCCUGUCGACACUGCCGCGCUGGCCUGAUUUUCUCGUACGAUAAAUCCCACUGUUAGUUUCUAUUUGCGUAAAUCCGACUGUCUUACAGACCGGAGAUGAACAUUUGCGAACUUUCUCAGUGUUCAGUGCAACGCUUCAGAAUCUGCAACCUCAGGCAAUUGAGCAGUUACGUGUGAAAUGAGCAACAGCGCAAUUGCGGUGGACCGCAGAGUGACUUAACGGCCGCCAGAUUCCUCUUUCCUUCACAACUGCGCAUGCUUAAAUUUUUGCACUGCUAUCUAGUCAAUGUUUCCUACAUCUCCUGCAACAGAUGGAAGAGAAAACGGACUAGUUACCAGUGAUUUAGUUAUCCGGAUAAGACUUGCUGUCCUCGAAGAGCAUGCGUCGGAUUUCUUGAUCAUCAUUCUCGCAGCAGACCUGCAACUGUCUGUCUGUGGGUCCUUGUUCUUCCGUGGCCGUGAUGUAGAUAGCGCACUUCAGUCUUUUCCACUUGUUUUCGAAACUCCAGGACCUGCGGUCGCUCGGAGUUCGCAUACAUAUUUCUAGUGGGAUCCUUCCUACGUUCAGCUUGACCCAUUACUGUCAUCAGUUUGAUCCGGUGCUGCCUUUCUCAGAUUGUUUUCGGGUUUAAAUUUGAAGGAGAGCACACGGUGAUCGGUCGGAAUUUGGCAUCACCCCACAUAAAUGCCCCGACGGCCUCGCCUUCUGACGAGAACGCGAUUCAGUAGUUGCCGGUGAUGUAAACUAGGAUAAAUUGGAGUUGCCUCCCUGAGGUCGGAGAAGGAGGAGGAGGAGGAGGAGGAGGAGGAGGGGGAGGAGGAGGAGGAGGAGGAAGAGAGGGGCAAACGGCCAUAUCGAUAUCCAAUAGGUCCCUGGUAGCAGAAGACAUCUGCCGUGGCACCUUUCUAUUCUGUGCGAACCAUGCAUCCCCUUCCCUGUUUAUGCGCCGAGAUUCCCGAGGAUGAUAUGCUUUUCAUUUUUCGGCUUUGAUACCAGAAGGACGUAAAAGAAGACGUAGAAGUUGUCCUUGACGAAGUCAGGACUUGGUAUUGCCCGAGGGUAGGGCAUUGUGAUGGUGGCAUGUUUAUACUCGCUUAGUGGUAGUUGCAUCUUGAUGGGGUGGACACUGAUGUCCUGCGGAGGGGAAUGCGAUUUCUGAUGUUCUCGUUUUUGAUGGGUUGGAUGGUCUCCGUCUUUCGUUGCCCUUCCUUAGAACGGCCGCGCCAGAAAAAGGCAUACCCUGCUCCUGCUCACCAAAUUGACUAACCGAGGGUCGCAAUGUCCACCUUGUAGCAAGCCAGCUCUCAAGCAACAAAAAAUGCCCUUCUUUCUGAUCGUUUCGGUUUUGUAUUAGCUAACAGAAGGCGGACAUUCCAGGUUGCUUGAGUGAGUAAAGUCAUUUUGACGAGAAGGGGAGGACGUUGAGAAUAAACACUGUUGCUGUUUGUUACUUUCGACUGCGUAUCAUAUCCAGUAGCCACGGCCAACUACGCCAAUGACAUAAGCCACUAUUUCUUCCAAACAGCUUUUGCAGCAUCCUCCCCUGCGAGGAUAAUCAGCGGCCUCCUAAAUAGGGCUGCUUAGUCAUACUAGACGCUGCUGAACCGAGCUGUGGUUUAUGAUCGGUGUAGUGGGCCGCCUGCAGAAUUGCAUCACGCCCUUUCUAUUGGUUCUUCGAGGCCGAAGGGGUGUGGAUAGAACGAAUUCUAUGGAAUUGGCGUCGAAGAUGGAUAAGUUGGAAAGGAUUUGCCCUGAAUUAAUAGCAGAAAGGACCUGCUCAACUUUGAUCGCGAUCUUUCCCUCCCCAGUCUCAUCGUGGUCCAGUGAAAAUAGUGCGUCAGGAAGACUAGCACUUACGCUAACGCGACGGCUUGUCUGGCUUGAGCCUGGUCUUAUUAAACCACUACAUGCCUAGUUCAUUCCUACACCGUAAAGCAGGUCAUAAACAGAAAAAAUCACCUGGGGAGGACAUAACCACCAGCUCCGUCUGGUUUAGCUCCUCGGUCUAAAUAGAUUUCGACGCAGGGCCGUUACAUAAAGGACCACUUAGUGGAGCCAUAGACAAAAGUCUACUGCUAAAUGGGGAGGGGAAAGUGUCGAAUAGACACCAGAUGCCGCAACGUAUGCAUUGCCUUCCAUCUGAGAUGUCGUUGCCCAGCCUUAACGAUGCCUUCCAUGCUUUCUUUGGUGGUUUCAGUUGAUUCUCUGGACAGAUCCCUCGGUGCUAGUGCACACGGAUGCUUGGCGGUCGCUGAGAGCUCAUUUUUGAUUAGUGCGCCUUUAACUUGUGUGAUAUUCAUACUCAAAACUCGAGAUCGAAGCAUUCUCCUUUAUACUAAUCCGUGACUGAUAGACACCAUGACUGCAGUCCUCGCUGCCGUACAUUUGCAGUGUGGACACAGUCCCUAUCGUGGUGGGAAAUGAUCCUCUUCCUUUGGUUGGUUUUAGUUGGAUACGAGUUUAGUUGCUCCACGUACCGCAGGCGGACCUGCAAUAAAUUCCAGGGAAUUCAUUUAUUUUCGUGUACGAGUUUUGACCCCAACCCUUACGCUAAGCCUCCUAAUACUAACUUCAGCCACUCCCCCCGCCUGGCAUUUAGGGCAAGGCCACCUGUAAUAUUAGGGUACCUAUAACUGCGUUCUACCGGGGUCUUCUCCUGAGCAGAUGUCAGACGGAGAAGUUACCAGAAGUUGGCAUUAGUCGUGGUUGUAUGAUUGUACUCCGAUCAGAGCAUAAUAACUCCCAUUUCGAAUAUCCCACCAUACAGCCAACAUGAUUGUUUUAGGACUAAAGUCUUCGACUGGCUCAUGGACUGGUCGGUCCUAAAGACUGAUCCACUGGGGAUGGCGCUUAGCGCUAUGAUUAGGGAGUCAAAUGCCGUGAGUAGUGACAACCCUCUUUUCGAAGCUGCUGUGUAGACAGACUCACGACCGUUGACAAGUUAUUGGCGAUUCUCUCUAGACUGUCAUGCAGAACCAACUUUCUGGAAAAUAACUUUUGGUAACAAUCGGGAGAUGGCACCCAAAAAAUCCGCCUAGCCAAAGCAGCUUAUCUCACGGGACGCGUGGUAAUAGGGGUUUAAUGGGUGGUGGCUGGUCGGGAUGUACGAUACUAGCAGACCGAAAGCCUUAUUUGAACAGGUGAAUGAUCGAAGUUGACCCGCUCUCCGUUAUGCUAUUACAUAAUGGGUCGCCAAAGGCAGUAUAGUGACAACGGACGAGUUGAGGUCGUAAAAUCGUCUUCUCUCAGAAGAUUAUCUGCAUUUCUCUGUUAACCACUCAAAGAACUUCAACGACCCUACCACCGGACGGCACACCAAUGCCAUUGAGGCAUAACGGAGUAGACUGAAAAGGAAACUCCACGAGGGAGGCCCUGUAUGUGGUCGAGCUGUGUGAGCUCACAUAGAUGAAGUACAGUAUCGUCUUUGGUUUGGCCUCAAUGCCAUGUCUUUGACAGAUGCCUGGGAACUGUUCUUGUCCCAUGCUGUGCAGACUUAUCCUAUUUAAAAGUGUUUUUGUUUUGUAAUAAACUGCCAUAAUGCGAAUGCAUGCCGUAUGUUCAGGUGUAUGUGUGUAACGAUGGGGAGGGUUGGGUAACAGUGACCAUCGUCCAUGUAACCUCCUGAGAUGUUCCUUCGGCCAGCCCAUGUUAGUCCGUCGGGGAAAGUCCAUGUAGUGCGUGAAAGUAGGCCUGCAAUCGCUGAUAUAGCCUGAAGGCGUUUAAGCCCACUGUUAAAGGUAUUAUUUCUCGGUAGCGGAUUUUUUGGGUCCCAUCUCCCGAUUGUUACCUAACGUUUUUGUAAUCUCCUCUACUUCACAUAAGGCAGGCCAAGUUCUAGCGUUAUCAUUCUCACCAAUUUUCCUAGGCUUGGGCUCAUACGACUACUGGAUUUCGGACUGAAAAAAUGACAAUACUGGUACAAUUCAUGCAAAGCCCUCCCUACCCCUAACCUGUCAGGAUGUAAAUCGCUGUCUGUACGAGUUAACGUAAAAAUGAGGAACAAUUGCCUUAUAUAAUAUUUGAUUCUGUCGCCAGUACCUCUGAAACCAGUCUAUCCUCUGCUAUUUGGAUUGUAGUAACCAAAAACUCCUGAAUGAGUACGUGUCUCAGGCUGAACAAGAAAGCGUUGGCUUAACACAAGUGGAAAAUGAAUUGACUGAGGCCACCUACUUGUUGGUGCGUUGCAAAUCGGGAAUCCAACAGAUUGUGCAGAAGUUGAAGUCCAUUCGUGUGGACACACCCGAGACGCCGGAGGAAGGGGAGGGCGGCACACCGCCUGGCGAGACAGACGCUACCACCAGUGAUCCCACUUCGGCUCUCCUAAAACUCUGUUCAGCCAAGGUGCAAAAACUCAUUGCAGAACUGAGUGAGGUUGACGUGGAGGAGCAACUCAAACAACUUAAUAAUGCGGAAGUACGUAAAUAUGCAUAUAUUCUGGCUGUCUAAUCUCAAGUAGGUCUGAAUGAUGUACGUAAAGCCUUGCUUAACCCUUGUCGUUUAUCCCUAAUAUUGUUCUCAAUUCGGACUGAGAAACGCCAGAUGCGAAAACUGUCCUCCUCAGAGGACACAUUUCCUUCUUUUACAUGUAUGUGCUUAUCUCUGUUCGCCUUCGUUCUUCUGAUCACCCCAUUUGUGUUGGUCAGAAUGGACAAGGCUUUUGUGCUGAGUGUUUCCCCGCCUGGCAGUGACGUUUUGGAGGAAAAAUUUCUGGCACAAACGGUGGUUCACAAUGAUCGACAAUGCUCUUAUCUCACUUCCAUCACUGGCGGUUUUGCUUUGUAUUUGCUUCUAAAUCCCUCACAUUAACCCGUCUCCAUCCUCUCUGUUCAAAAUAAUAACUCUUUAUGUUGGCCAUAGUGGGAAUUUGGUCGGACGUGCUCUGACCUUGUGUCCGGAUUGGGAGUAUUGAGGAAAAAUGAUGGAGAUACUUAUGCUUUACUUCUCAGCAACGAAAAAAGCAUGCCCUCCCAGGUGAUUUUCACUUUUGGCUCCUCUAUAACCCUCAAGCUGGCUUUCCCUAACCAAGCCGAGAUGAACUUGGAUGUGAUGAGGAGUCAGUCGAUGCAAUUCGUAAUUUUUGGCCGUCCCGCGUCGGCCGGACAAAGAUUUUAUUAUAACGGCAAAAAUCAACAACCCUGUCGUGGUUGGGUUUAACUCAUCGAAUUGGUGUGCUAGGAAUUCUCCGACCCUGCUGUCUACUCUACUUGGCAGCCUGUCUCUGCAUUUGAGCCCGUGAAAACCAGCCAGGCGAACGUCAUUUGUGGUCUCGCUGGCGUCUCAGAGCACGCUGGUCUUGUCUUUGGGUGGUAGGAAUCGCUGAAAGGCUGGUGGAGAGGCACUGGUGGCCGUGGUUUUUGCACAGGUUUUCUGUCCAUACGCAGCUGCCGGCCAGGACUACGGUUGACUGAGGGGAUCACUAAGUAAGCACAGAGUAGCUGUUACUUUAGCCUCGGCAGUCUUUGACGGUCUACUUCUGAAUGCAUACUGUUCCCUGUUUAGGUCGUUGCAACCAUCGUCGUUGGAUUUUUUGCCUUUACUGUUUCCCUUUUACACCACCAGAAACAAGUUUUAUGCACCUCCGCAGCGGUAAGGAAAGUGUUUAUCCCUUCUGUGUCGGUCUUCGUUGAUGGUUCUAUUGUGUUUUUUCUGGCUGUACCCCGGUUUAAAGUGCACUAAAUUAUCAUUUCUCCUUCCCUAGUUCUUCGAGAGGACGGAGGAGAAACUUCCUGAACACAACAUGCGUAUAACGUUGCCCCAGGACCAGGAAGACACUGGUUACGAAGGUAUUUUUAUGGCCUACUGAUAACUAUUCGGCGGGUUUAUUGUUGACCGUUUUUGGCAUGGUGGAAACAGCAAGGAACAGCCAGUUUACCAUACUGAUAGCACAGGUGUACUAACUAAAAACAUAGCUAGUGUCCGCAUGGUAAAUCAUUUAGUAUUUGUAUGCUACUAACCGCCCGUUGGCAGCUUGUGGAUAUUGGCAGUUAUUCCGCAGUAGGUGAUGGAUUUCGGCCCAAAUAUGCAUGUUGGACUAAUUUUCGAGGAAAUCAAAAACAGCAAGGAUUUCCAGAGCGUGGCUGAUUUUUCCAUCAGAUAAGAGGCAGGAUAGCAUGACAGAGGGGUAGAAUGAAAGCAGGAAAUUUCUGUUUGACCGAAGUCCCCUAAAUUAUGUGAUUCACUUUAGGAGACUCCUAUGUCCUGAUACGGCUCCUCAGCAUUUAUGCAUCAAAGGGUAUUUAGACGAUGAUAUUCUCUCGACGAGUCAACUUCACCCCAACUUCAUUUAAUUGUGUCGGUUAUUUGUUAUGAUGGUAUGUGUAGGUUCGAAAAGAACUAUUAGCAAUGCUUCGCGAUUUGACCUUAUUGAGCGAAUCAACGUGGGUUUCGAGGCAGCAUGCAUCCUGAAAUUGCGGCACAGUUUUGCCGUCUCUCGGAGAAUUUGGUCAGAGGAAUGAGGUGUCCCGCUGUAUGGGGGACGUCGGCAGGUACAUCCAAAGCAAGUAAUCAGUGAGCAUAAAGUACUACCGUACAGUACAGGGGUGUGGGCUCAUGAAGAGCCCGAGUUCGGGUGUCAGAUCUUCCAGGCCCCAGCUCUCUGAUAACAGCAAAUGAGUGAGAACUGCUUACUUGCGUCCUCUUUAUUUGGACGAUAAUACUUCCGGGCCUCACAUUCAGCAGUAAAAAACUCAGAGCGCAGGACUGAUGCUGACCUUCAAGCCUUGGUUUUGCCUCAGUACCCCGAUGUCCAACCGACGUCUGAGCACUAUUUUGAUCUCCUUGCAGAAGAAGAAGAUAUGCUCGGUACGGAUGGAAAUGCGGGCCUGAGUAGAGAAGCCUUCAAGAAGCGAUUACACCAAUUCCUUGCUCAACACUCCAAGAGAAAGACUUAGAGAUUUUUCGGCGGUUCAAAAGCAGCCAUUCAGUUUAUGAAAUGAAGCCCAGUCGCCGACACAUUUUAGAGGCAGCUCAUAGGAGCGAAACAAAAUAUGAAGACUAAAAAGAGACCGCAAGUAAGGAGAAGAGAAAGCAAGGCACAUAGAAGGACGGAGGAGAAAACGAAGCAGCAGUGUCAACGCAAAGACGAGGAGUAAAUCAGAGAGAUUUGCUCCUCGGAGUUUUCUACACACUUCCUACAAAAACCGCAUCGCCUAGACCAGAAGCAGCGUUCAAGUUUUUACGACCGAAUUUUUUGACUUUCGUACUUUUAGACACGUCUUGCCUGUGGUUUCAGACAGGCGAACUCUGUACCUAGGCUCUGCUUUAAUAUUUAGCGAAAAAAGAUAUAAAGGAGCCCUACCCUUGAAAAUGGUUCUUUUAAGGCCAUUGCGAAUGCUUCUUCCUGAAUUUCGAUCGACUUCACUGUGACCAGUCAGUGCAUAUGGGGGUCCGGUCUGCAAAUCUAGUUAGCUCUGAACCUAUGCCCCAGUGGGAUGCUCUCUUUUGAUUGAACAUCUUCCCGACCAUGCACGUAAAGUGAGCUCAAAGAAAAGUCAUCACUGAGUUAAUGGGAACUUCUUCACUUGCGUUUUGACUCCUGCGCAGAUUCAAGUGUAGUUGUAGAAAAGAUGUAAAAGAACUUUCUUACUUAUACUCACGAACUACGUGACAUGAUUCAUAUGCUGGUUCUCAUAUUCUUUGAGUACGAGAGGGUAUUCUGAUUGGGGAGUACAACUUUACUUGAAUUAUCCCAGACAGUAUACAUAACAUGUGUUAAAAACUUUAAAAUGGGUAAGAACGUAGCCUGUGUCUCAAAAUUGGUAGAUAUAAAUGAACUAUGGUAGGAUGUGAGAAUAAUCAUCUUUCCUUAUUACAGGUGGCUUUGCGUCAAAUUCCAGCGGGGGUUAUGGCUAACGUUGGGGUUAGGGUUUAAGUUAUGACGUGGGCGCUUGUCCCCGUGUCAGGGGCAGAACAGGGGAAUAGGAACCCCCGUAGUAGAGGUGGCCUUAACCCUACUCUCUCUGUGAUCUGGCGUAAAGCUACCUGUACUGCAGGGGGAUCCUAAUUCCAUUUCCUGCCCUUCCUUAACUCUAAUCCUAAUCUCGGUGGGAUUAAGUAAAAGGCCCUAACAAUUCUGCCUAAAAAGACGUCCGUAUUUACGCAGGCAUUGAAAAUUGCGUACAACAGUGCGUGUAUAAUAAUGCACUUCCCAAGCCCAGGUUAGACAGAUUCUCAAUUAGAAUUCAGACUAAUGCUCCAUAUGAAUGAACUUGGGAUUACACACCGUGGUAGUCAGCCCUGCAGCUUUAUUCAAGCAAUACUUUCUGUUUAAGAGCCUAUCGCGGGACUCCAGUCAGUAUUUAACGUGUGCAUUUGGUCAAAGUUGCCCCUCCCCCACCCUGACCAAGUCGUCUUCAACCAGUCGUUGUAGAGUCCAUGCAAGCAUUGUCCGAUCGUAGCCUACAACCGCGGGAAAAGCCAUCCAAUAGGUCUCGCUGAGAACUGACCUCAUCUAGAAUUUGGAAGUUCAGACACGUAGACUCAUGGCUUCCGUGCUCGGCCAGCCUCUUUCUCUAUCCCCUCCAAUAACUGGGACUUCAGUAUUCACCACAACUCGAGGUGGUGCUAUUUUUUGCUAAUUGUGAAUUCUUUUGUUGUUUUCUCACAGAGGAUGAUGAGAUGGGAAUGGAUGAAGGGGCGGCGCCGAGCCGGACUGCACUGAAGAAACAGUCGCAGCAAAUAGUUGAUUUGAGGACAAAGAAGAAGCAGGGCGGAAAGAAGGGGAAGAAGGGCAAAUAG